AUGAGCGGUGAGAAGAAACGAUAUCGAUGGCGACGUCGUCCAGUAUUAGUUGAAGAAAGUUUAAUUAUUAAUUCAACAUUAACAACUAUAACAACAAGAGAUAAAGAAGAAAAACAUACUGAAAAUAUUCAACGAAAAUGGUAUAAUAAUAAUAAUAAUAAUGAUGAUGAAGAUAUUCAAUUAAAAACUUUAUCAUCUAACGAAACAAUUUCAGAAAAAAUUGAUAGAAUUCUUAAAAAAAUAAAUGCUUGGACAAAUGAUUCAUCAAUACCAACAAGAAAUAAUAAUAAUAAUAAUAAUAAUAAUAAUAAUAAUAAUACAAACAAUUCUACUCAACAAAAAAUGCCUUUUAAUAAAACAAAAAAUUCAUCAUCAUCAUCAUCUAAUCAUGAAAAUAUUCAACGAAGAACAAAUAAUAAAAAAGCAAAUUCUACUGCAUCAUCUGAUACAUUUCGUCAACGUUGUUCAUCAUCAACAUAUGAAGAUUCACCAAUGAUUAAACUUGAAAAAUUAACAAAUCCUCGACCAUAUUCGAUGACAUUUAUUCAAGAACCAUUAUCAAUUAGUCCAUCAUAUAAUAAAAAUCCAAUAUAUGAAAAACCAAGUUUAACAAAACGAAUAUUUCAUCGAGAAAAUUCAUGUGAUCCUAAUCAACGUCGAUCAAUAUGUUCACAAAAUACAAAUUUAACAUCUUUAUCAUCAACAUAUGGUUCAGAUUUUUUCUAUCCAUUUACAUCGGAUCAAGAACAACAUGAUUAUGAUAAUUUACGUUUUAUACAAAAUUCUUCUCAUCAACAAUAUGAUCCAUUUCCAACUGUUCUCGUUGACUGUCAACGUUGUAGUCGAAGUGUUGAUCGAUCAUUAUUACGUGAUAUAUCAUGUCAAGUACCAUCCGAUGAAGAAUCGUCUGAAGAUAUUCAAUUAGAAAAUCGUAAAACUACAAGAUCUUCUCCUUUAUAUAUGUCACCACGAUCGUCACCAUUACUUUGUCAUCCACCAAUGGCUGAUAGUUUGUUAGCUCCAUAUCAUUUUCGACGAAAACAUUCUUUGUCAUCAUAUGUUGAUAUACACAAUCGUUCGAAAUCUGUUCCAUCUUCAUCAUCAACAACAUCAUCAACAUCAAGUCAAAAAAUACAUUUAUUACCAAGAUUUUCUCCAUUACCAACAACAUCCGAUUUAAAUUCUAUACCAUCGACUACAACACUUCUUCGUUCAAUUAAAACAUCAAUUAAUGCAAUGAAAAAACGCCUGAAAGAAAUUCGACGUUUGUCUGAGGAUUCAAACGUAACAACCGUCUUAGACGAUUAUACGGCACGCAGUUCACAAGAAUUAACUGUAAACAAAGGUCAACAUGUUCGUGUCGUUCAAAAACAACUACCUAAUGCGCCUGAUUGGUGUCUUAUUCGUUUAUUAAACGAACAACAUCAUCAACAACAAAAUCAAUCGACUUCAUCUUCACUUGCAACAUCAUCAACAACUAUUACAAGUGGAUCAGGAGAUUUAUCAUUAACACCAUUUACAAAAUAUAUCGAAGGACUUGUUCCAGCAGCUAUUCUUAAAUCAACUAGACCAUCUUCAUCAAAUAUUCAACUACCAGGACCACCGCCACCAUUAUCUAAUCUAUUAACUAGUAGUAAAAGUGACCAAGGUAAAAAAAAAAAAAGAAAAAAACAUAUCGAUUAUUAUUCAAGAAAUAUUCUUAUUUAUUAUAAUCAAAUAUAG